UUUCCCCUCAGCACACGCUUACUCUCCGCGUCCAUCCGACCGUUGCUCUUCUUGACUUGCAUCGAAUCUACGGGAAUGUGCACGGGGCCUCGUUUUCCUUCGGUCUGGGUGCGGCCUUGCGGUUACCGACCGUUGCAAGCCCCAUCAGCCCAUUUCCAAACUUGAAACCGGCGCACCGCGAAACCGCACCACCACUUGCGCAGUUGCAAACCACGCGUUCCGAGAAAGGGGAGGGCAGAGAUGGAGAACGGUGGCGGCGCCAAGCCGACGACCCGGUUCGGCUUCUCGUGGGCCGACGAGGUCGAGCGCGAGGAGCGGGAGCAGGCCGCGAUGCAGCAGCAGCAGCAGCAGCCGCAGGAGGCGAAGAGGGAGCAGAUCAAGGCGGACCCGUUCGGCGCGGCGCGCCCGCGGGAGGUGGUGCUGGCCGAGAAGGGCGUCGACUGGCGCGCGCGCGACCGCGAGCUCGACCUCGGCGCCGCCCCUCGCCCGCCCCGCAGCGCCGCCCGCGGCCGCAGGCACGCCGCCGCUACGGCUGCGGCGUCCGCGUGCGCGGCGACGCCGGCGCGCGGCGUGCCGCUGGACCGUGACGCCGGAAGGACGCCGCAUCCGCGGCGGCAGGCUGCUGCUGCUGCUGCCGCCUCGACGCCGCGAACGCGGCCGACGGGCCGCAGGAACGUGGCGUCGGUUGGCUGCAGCGCAGGAGGCGGCAGCAAGAGGAAAUUCGCCGGGGAGGGCCCGGUGCGGCGAGCCCGUCCCGUAGGCGACCACGGCGAGCAGGGGAGGAGGGUCUUCGGCGAACUCAACGUUGGCAACGGCUGCGGCUCCUCGUUCUGCGACUCUACGGCUGGGAACGGCUCCAACUGCAACCCGGGUGGAAGCCGGACCGAGGGGAUGAAAGCGGCUGGCGCCGCGGCUGCAGACGGUGCGCCAUCGGCCGCGGUGACCGCAACCGGGCUUGAUGAAUCUGCUGCUGCUCAGAAGAGGAGGAGGGGAGCGAAGAGGAGGAAGGGAAGGGGAUUGGGCAAGGCCAAGGAGCAGCAGAAGGCUCAGCCGGUCUAGGUACUAGAGCUGCUCCUCUGAUUACUGAAUAAUGAUGACCGGAACUGGACUGAAAUUAGUUGGUAUGUAGUGGAGUGUUAGCUUUUGCUGGAGCAUCGAUUGUGCAUCAGUAGGAGAUUAGUACAUUUAUUGUGUGCUAUGAACUGGUUUUAUCGUGUGAAGAUUUUCCAUACUGAUAGGAUUGUGUGCUACCAACCGAUUAGACUGAUUAAAGGGCAGUGAUGUUCUGUGUCUGUGAAAUCAUUCAGCAAAUCAGUAGGGCCUAGCUGGCAAUGUUAAUAUUUGAGACCUUUGCGGGA